GGCACCCCAAAGGGCAGCACCUCUGCAGCGCUGUGCGGACGCGGCCAGCAGGACACGGCCCGGCAGGAUGGUCCUUGGAGUGCAGGGCGACGGUGAGCAGCCAGCGUGGGGCAGGGGGUGGGAAGGAGGCACGUGAGGCUGGGUGCAAUGCAGAGGGGCUCUGUGUCUGUUCAGGGCUCCGGUGUGAGCAGGGCACGCGCUCCUGCUCCUUGCAGCCAGGACAGAGCCUUGCCGUGCUCCUCACUGUGCCCUGGGGGUGAGGCAGCAGCUCCCCUGCAUUGCUCUGCAGAGGCUGGGGGGAUGGCACGCAGCAUCAGUGCUUUCUGGUUUGUGCUGAAAAUCCUUGCUCCAUGCGCGGCAGCCUGGGAUGGUGGCCUGGCACGGUUGCUGGACUUGGUGCUCUGCUCCAGCCCCCACUUGGAGCCUCGUGCAGGGCUGAGGCUCAGAGGCUGCUGCAGCUCCUCUUUGUGCCGCGGAAGGGUUAACGCCUGCGUCCUUCGCCGAGAAAAGCUCUGCGUCUGGGGUUUCUCUUCCUCCUGCUGCUGCUGACACGGCUGGGCCAUGUCACGAGUGCUCUCCCAGCCCAGCAGCAGGCAGGCUGGAGGUGGGGAGGGGGGGGGGGGGGCUGGGCUUUGUGGCUGCUACGAGUCCCUCCGAGCCCCCUGCCCACACUGCCCGGGGGUGUGCAGAGGCAGCGUUCCCCCAAGGCUCUCUGCACCCACCGUGUGCCAGCAGCGCUCUGUCGCUGCUGCAGCCUCCCACCCGUCCACCCACCCUCUGCAGGCCUGGGGGGGCUGCGGUCUGGCACUGAAUUUCACCUCCCACGCGGCCCCACGCUGCAGCUCCCAGCAAGCCUCAUCCAGCAGGGUGCUGGACACGACUGGACCGGAGAGGCCGUGCUCCAGCGGGACCGACUCCAUUGCAGUGCUGGGGAGGGUUUGGGCAGCCCACGGAGCGGAGCCUCCGGCGUUCUGGGCAUAGACAGUUCGGAACCUGGUGCUGUAACUCGGGCAUCUGAGGCUGGAAAUAUCGGGAAGUGUUCCGACGAGCGCAGAGGGAUCGUGUCGCAAGCUGAGGCUGCUGCUGACCUUUGCAGAGGGGAUUUCUCUAAAGGAGGAACCUCGGCAGAGAACGCGAACGGAGUGAGGAAAGUGCUGAGCUGGGACAUUCGGUUCGUGUGAGCGCAGCCACCCCUGAGGCACUGCGAGCCCUGGAGAGGAGGGGGGAACGGCACCGGGGACGGCGCUGGAGAGAGCAGACCGUGCUGGGUGCCCAGUGACCUGACCCCGGAGGAGUGCCAGGAGCUGGAGAACAUCCGCCGCCGCAAGCAGGAGCUGCUGGCUGACAUUCAGCGGCUGAAAGAUGAGAUCGCAGAAGUGACGAAUGAGAUCGAGAACCUGGGCUCCACGGAGGAGAGGAAAAACAUGCAGAGGAACAAACAGGUGGCAAUGGGCAGGAAGAAGUUCAACAUGGAUCCCAAGAAGGGCAUUCAGUUCCUGAUUGAGAACGACUUGCUGAAGAACACGUGCGAGGAUAUCGCUCAGUUCCUCUACAAGGGAGAGGGCCUCAACAAAACAGCCAUUGGGGACUACCUGGGCGAGAGGGAUGAGUUCAACAUCCAAGUCCUGCACGCCUUCGUGGAGCUGCACGAGUUCACGGACCUCAACCUCGUCCAGGCACUGCGGCAGUUCCUGUGGAGCUUUCGGCUGCCUGGAGAGGCACAGAAGAUCGAUCGGAUGAUGGAGGCCUUUGCACAGCGGUACUGCCAGUGCAACCCCGGCGUCUUCCAGUCCACAGACACCUGCUACGUGCUCUCCUUCGCUAUCAUCAUGCUGAACACCAGCCUGCACAACCCCAACGUCAAGGACAAGCCCACGGCAGAGCGCUUCAUUGCCAUGAACCGCGGCAUCAACGAUGGGGGGGACCUGCCUGAGGAGCUGCUGCGGAAUCUCUAUGAGAGCAUCAAGAAUGAACCCUUCAAAAUCCCGGAGGAUGAUGGCAAUGACCUCACCCACACCUUCUUCAACCCUGACCGGGAGGGCUGGCUGCUGAAGCUGGGAGGAGGAAGGGUGAAGACGUGGAAGCGGCGCUGGUUCAUCCUGACAGACAACUGCCUUUACUACUUUGAAUACACGACGGAUAAAGAGCCACGUGGCAUCAUCCCCCUGGAGAACCUGAGCAUCCGUGAGGUGGAGGACUCCAAGAAGCCCAACUGCUUUGAGCUCUACAUCCCGGACAACAAGGACCAGGUGAUCAAGGCCUGCAAGACAGAGGCGGACGGGCGGGUGGUGGAGGGCAACCACACCGUGUACCGCAUCUCAGCCCCCACGCCUGAGGAGAAGGAAGAGUGGAUCAAGUGCAUCAAGGCAGCCAUCAGCCGGGACCCAUUCUAUGAGAUGCUGGCUGCCAGGAAGAAGAAGGUGUCCUCCACCAAGAGGCACUAGCAGCCCAACGAGGCCGCCGUGCCCCCGGCAGCACCGUACCUCCCAUCCCCAGGGCUGCGGGGUUGGGGCUCAGCAUGGCCCUGGUGCCAGGACCCAGCUUCAGCUUUGCAGUUUCUUUACCAUGGGCGGAGGGAGAGAGCAAAGGCAUCUCGAUACCAUCACCGCCUCACUUCCAGACAGUGCCGGGCUGCAGCUGGGACUCCCCUGGACGCAGUCCCGGGGUUGGCUGUGGGAUGGGAAGUGCCUCCUGUGCACAUCGCCCUCCCUUCCCACCUUGGCAGCCCAGCGCUUGUCCGGCGUCCCCCCACUGGGCUCCCCCGGAGCAGCUUCCAGCCCUGGGCAGCAGUGAGUUGCAGCCAGUGGGAGGGAUAAGAGCCUGGCCGGGGGAAACCCAGCGUCCCCAUGUUGGGGACGUGCUUCUGGGUCCCAGCACUCGUGUCCUGAAGCACUUGAGGUGUCCCAUCCUGGAGGAGAAGGCUGAUGGCUGCGAGGUGCUGGAGGCACGGGGCAGCCCCGGGGCAGUGGCAGCACUUUUGGCCCUCGUUGUAGCGGGCUUGGGGUGCCCUCCCCAGCCAUGGGGGGCUGGAGCUGGGUGAGGCUGCGGUCCGAGGGCACCGGGCUGGCGCUGCCCUGCCGCGUCCUGCAGCCAUGAGCCCCUCGGUGCCGGGUGGGGACGGCCGUUGUGAGCCCCCGUCCCCAGGCAGGACUGCACCAAGGAUGGCUGCCAUCAGGAUGUGGCCCCACGCCUCUGCCCCACGAGCACCACGGCCAUCCCAUUCCCCAGCCGCACGCACAGGUCUGGAGAGGCGCCUGGAUCAGUAUUAGUCUAUUUAUCAGAGAUGUAAAUAUUCCUGUAUAGUUUUCUCCUUUUAGAUUAUUUUGUAUGUUGGGGUUCUGUGCAGAGGCCUCUCUGGAGGGCGGGGUGUGGCAGGAUUUUGUAUUCUUUUUUGUUUUCUUUUUGCCACGGCCUUGUAAACUGCUGAGGAUCUGCAGCCAAUAAACACCGAACUGCGCUCCCUC